AGCCACAGGGGCAUGGGGCGGAGGGUGCAGCACCCCGAGGACGGACGCUGAGCCAGCGUGGGUGGCCCCGGGGCCCUGGAGCGCCAAGAUGCAGGUGAAGCGGAGCUGCUCCCCUUCCAACCCCGAGCCCAGCGCUGAAAAGAAGGGGCGCGGGGACCCCGUAUCCGUGCAACUCUUCCCACCGGAGCUGGUAGAGCACAUCGUCUCCUUCCUGCCGGUUCGGGACAUCGUCUCCUUGGCCCGGACGUGCCGCUACUUCCGCCAAGUCUGCGACGCCGAGCGCGUGUGGAGACGGAUCUGCCAGCGCCUGGCCCCGCGCCUCCACGAGCAGAGGGCCGGAGGGGCCCGGCCUUGGAAAAGGGCGGCCGUCCUCAACUACACCAAGGGGCUGUAUUUCCAGACGUUCGGAGGCCGUCGCCGAGGCCUCAGUAAGAGCGUGGCCCCGUUCCUGGCCCACGGCUACCGACGCUUCCUCCCCACCAAGGACCACGUCUUCAUCCUCGACUACCUGGGCACCCUCUUCUUCCUCAAGAACGCCUUCGUCUCCUCCACCCUCGGCCACUUCCAGUGGAAGCGGGCCUGUCGCUACAUCCUGCUGUGUCGGGGGGCCAAAGACUUCACCUCGGACCCCCGAAGCGACACGGUGUAUCGGAAGUACCUGUACGUGUUGGUGAGCCAGGCCCAGCCGGCCGCGGGGGCCGGGGGGCCUCGCACUCAGCCCUGCGACUGCGUGGAGGUCUACCUUCAGUCCAGCGGCCAGCGGGUCUUCCAGAUGACCUUCCACCACUCCAUGCGCUUCAAGCAGAUCGUGUUGGUGGGACAGGAGGCCCAGCGAGCCCUUCUGCUGCUCUCCGAGGAAGGCCGGGUGUACAGCCUGAUGGUGAACGAGACGCAGUUGGACCAGUCGAGGUCCUAUACAGUGCAGCUGAUGCUCAGAAAGGUGUCUCGCUGCUUGCCCCACCUGAAGGUCGUCCACAUGGCCUCCAACCAGAGCAGCAUCCUCUACAUAAUGGACCAAGGGGGCGUGUAUUUUGAGGUCCACACUCCGGGCGUCUACCGGGACCUGUUCGGCAGCCUGCAUGCCUUCGACCCCCUGGACCAGGAGAUGCCCCUGGCCCUGACCCUGCCCGCCAAGAUCCUGUUCUGUGCUCUGGGCUAUAACCACCUGGGCCUGGUGGACGAGUUUGGGAGAUUGUUCAUGCAAGGCAACAACCGCUACGGACAGCUGGGGACCGGCGACAAGAUGGACAGGGGUCAGCCCACCCAGGUGUCAACAGUGCAGUGCCCGGUGGCACUCUGGUGCGGCCUGAACCACUCCCUUGCCUUGAGCCAGGGCUCGGACUUCAGCAAGGAGCUGCUGGGCUGUGGCUGUGGGGCCGGGGGGAGGCUCCCUGGCUGGCCCAAGGGCAGUGCCACCUUCGUCAAGCUGCACGUCAAGGUUCCGCCAUGCGCUCGGUCGCUGUGCUCCAGCCGGGAAUGCCUGUACCUGCUCUCCGGACACGACGUGGAGCACGGCCGGACCUACAAGAAGCUGCCCGGAGAGGAGGGGAGUGGACCGGCCUCUGAGCCCGGAGCCUCCGAGCCGGGGGUCUCAGAGCCCGAGGCUGCCGCAAAGGGCUGUGAGGCCUACCUCAACGAGCUACUGGGUUGCCCGACCCUGAGCACCCGGCUGGACAAGAUGAAGGAGAUCGUUGGAUGGAUGGCCCUCCAGGCCGCUCAAAAGGACUUCUUCUGGGAGGCGCUGGACCUGCUGCAGAGGGCGGCGACCCCCACGGACCCGCCGCCCCCCGAAGGCUGAGGCCUUCCUCCCCCCAACCCAUCCACCCCCACCGAGGCCCACCCCCGGAGACCCAGGAAGCGAAGGAGCCGGUUGUGGGGCGAGAAGCGGGGAAAGGAUCCGAGAGUCUUGCUUUUUUUGUUUGUUUUUGUUUUAAUAUGGGCAAGGGGGUUUCCAGGACGUGAACCCACGGACCCACACUCACCUGCUGCUGGGCACCAUGGACGAAUAAAGAGAGGC